AUGGCUACCAUACCAAUAUAUCAUGAUUUAUCGUUCUAUACUGAUGCUGAAAGGAACAAGGCUCGUUAUAAGAACUUGCUCUCAAAAUUCAAAAAAGAAUUUAAUGUAGACCCUACUUUUAUGGGCCGUUCACCUGGUCGAGUAAAUAUCAUCGGAGAGCAUAUCGACUACAAUUACUUUUCGGUGCUUCCUAUGGCUAUGGAGGUAGAUGUGGUGGCUGCAGUCCACGGAACGGACGACCAAAAGGUGAUCUUGACAAACACAAACCAAGAGUUUGUGAGUGAACAAUUUGAACUUCCUGCAGAUGGUUCUGUCAUUUCCAUCAACAAGAACCAUCACAGCUGGGGAAACUAUUUCCGUUGUUCCUUGAUUGUAGCUCACAAUUUCAUUUUGGAGAAAUAUCCAAACCUCGUUGAAGGGGGUUCGAAGCCAUUAAAGGGUAUGAGAUUAACCUACGAUGGAAAUGUCCCUACAGGCGGAGGCUUGUCUUCUUCGGCUGCUUUCUGUGUGGCCUCCAUUGUGGCCAUUCUGAAGACUAACGGAAUUGAUUCCAUAUCCAAAGAAGACCUAACCAGAAUUAGUGUUGUUUCCGAGCAUUACGUUGGUGUCAAUACCGGAGGGAUGGAUCAAUGUGCUUCUGUCUAUGGUGAGAGGGAAAAGGCUUUGUUGGUCCAAUUUCGUCCAAAGCUGGUUGGAAUUCCUUUUAAAAUCCCAUCGACAAAGCCAGAAGAAAUGGUCUUUCUCGUAACCAACACGCUGGUACAGGCAAACAAGCAUGAGACCGCUGCUACCAAUUACAAUUUGCGAGUCGUCGAAAUGGCCGUAGCCUCUGAGAUUUUAGCUAAGAAGUACGGUUUGAGUCUUAUGAAAGACUCGAACCUCAAAACUGCAGGGACACUGCGUAGCUUUAUGGAUACCUACUAUGAACAGUAUUUAAGACAACCCCCUUGGGAUGGUAACGACGUUGUCAUCGGCAUCGAGCGUACACAGGAAAUGCUCAAAAUUGCUGAAACGACUUUCUCUGAGGAAGAAAAAGUCGGCUUGACUACAGAACAGAUGGCCAAGAAGUUGGAGAUAUCGACGAAGCAGUUUGCCGAAGUUUUUUUAACGGCUAUUCCUGUUCGUUACGACAUAAUGAGGGUAUAUCAAAGGGCAAAGCAUGUUUUUUCGGAAUUUUUACGUGUACUGGAAACAUUGAAGCUUUUCCGUGAACAUAAGCCUUCAGAUAAUUCGGAAACGUUUUUGAUGGCAUUUGGAAGACUUAUGAACGAUUCUCAAAGAUCGGCCAACAUCUAUAAUAAUUCUUCUAGCCCAAACUUAGAAGAGGUAUGUGCCAUUUCUGUCGCAAAUGGCGCGUAUGGUGCUCGAGCAACUGGCGCCGGCUGGGGAGGAUCAACGGUACAUUUAACCACUGUACAGAAAUUACCUAAAGUAGUUUCUGCGCUAAAAGGGCAGUACUAUAAUAAGCAUUUUCCCAACUUGAGUCAAGCGGAUUUGGAUGCGGCCAUCGUCGUAUCCAAGCCUGCCACAGGAAGCUGUCUGGUAGAUUUAUCAAAGCCCAUUUUUUAA